AAAACAAAAGAAAGACCCACAGUGCUCAGCGUUGGCAGAGACGGAACCUCCAUGUAAUACAGGACUUCAUUGACUUCAUUUGCUCUGUUAACCGGCUCAGGACAGAGAAGGAUCUACACUACUUCACCUACUAUAAUUUUUUGGCACAAUCAAUUGACCCGUUUGGUCAAUUUACCUACUUGGAUUACUCAAACUCAAAGCAUUUUCCCACAUUGAUCUACAUGCUUCACGACCCUCCUCUAUAGACUGAAUAGAUCUGAACCAUGUGGAGUGGUCCUUCUACUGUCCUCUCAUGUGUCCUGCUGCUCAUGUGGAGCCAGACCCGGACCCAGGCCUGCCAGGGGGACGAGCUGCCUCGUGAGGUGGUGCUGGACUGGUUGAAACAGCGCCUCCUGGAUGGGUUAGGGAUGGAGCAGCCCCCUGAGCCCAGCCUCCAGGCCCAUGACGGGGGCAGAGAGAGAACAGAGGUGGUGCGAGGUCACCGGAGAUCCACCAGGGUAGGGAGGGCAGCCUGGGCCCAGGACCACAGGAGGCAUCACCAGGAGAGCCAAGAGCAAGUCAUCCUCUUCCCCAGCUCUGACUCUACCUGUCAUAGCUCAGACUCUCCAUCAGAGGAGAGAGCCACCAGACACUUCACCUACUACUUCCAAUCCUCCCUAAACAACCAAGAGUCCGCCAUCACCUCGGCCAAUUUCUGGUUCUACGCCGGCGAGGGGGCCAGCAGGAACACCACCCCGCUCUACAUCCUCACGUCAGACCAACAGCUCCUCCAGGUGGCAGAGUCUCCGGCCAAGACCACCGCUGAUGGCUGGACCACCUACCGCCUCGAGCGCCACCUCCUCACCGCCCUGACCCAAGGCCCCUUCGCGCUCCAGGUGCGCUGCCCCGCCUGCGAAUGCCACGCGAACGAAGCCGACAAAAUGCCAUUCCUCCACCUGCAUGCCCGACUUCACGGCCCAGACCGCUCCCCACGGCGAGCAGCCGCCACCAUCCCCUGGUCCCCGUCGGCCAUCGACCUCCUGAUGAGGCCAUCGCAGGAGAAGCCAGAGUACAGCGACUGUCAGCGGGAAGAGAUCAACAUCUCGUUCCAGGAGCUGGGCUGGGACAACUGGAUCGUUCACCCAAAGUUUCUCAACUUCUACUACUGUCAUGGGACCUGUUCGGCUUUGGACCGCACCACUGCUAUGCUGGGGAUCAAACAGUGCUGCGCUCCAGUCCCCGGGACCAUGAAGUCACUACGGUUCACCACUACGUCUGACGGGGGGUACUCCUUUAAAUACGAGACCCUGCCCAACAUCAUACCAGAGGAGUGCACCUGUAUCUAGGCCUAAAACCUCAGAUGGGCUCAGUUUUUCCAAGUAAGAUUCAUUGUUAUGCUGGUGGUCUAGGCCAGGGCAACUUUGACCUUUUUAUUUUUAAAGUGUCUUUGGAGAACUCGACACCUAGGCUAGACUUAUAACUGAUAGGCCUACGUUUGUCAUGCACCAAGACUAGAGCAAAAUAAAGUUUGUUAUUGAUACAGCUACACAAUACAUUGAAA